UUGGCUGGUAUAGACUCCUCUCUCAUUAUUUAUGAUAUGGGGUGCCAGUGGAGUAUUAAUUUUUUACAAAGAGUUGCAGAGAGCCGAGGCUUAUCCAUACCAGAAAAUAUGCAAAUCAUCCCAGUGGUUGGAAAAUUCCAUUUGAGCACUCACAAAUUAGCUUGCUUUGCAAGGUACAGCCUCAACUUUGUUCAAGGGGCUGGACAUGUUGAUGGGGAGAUUUUGGAGACCCUAUGGGCACCAUUCAAUAAGAUCUCCCCAACUGCUCGGUCAAUGAGUCAUGCUCAUCGUCAAGAAGUUCUUGAUGAUCAUAUGAGAAACUCAAACUGGAAAAAAUUAGUUGGAAUAAGUAAGUGGUUC